UUGUGAGGAUGGCUGGAUUCAGGUUUCUCACUGCCACAUGGGGCUUGAGAGUUCUGUGGAGAAGCCACCACAUAGCAGAGGCGGAAAUAUUAACUCAGACAAGCAAAGUGCCUUCCAACAAAGCAAAGAGUGCCAUGACUCAAGGGUUGGUUUUCCAAAGAGCAUUUUCAGAUCGCAGUAUCUUCAGAAAUGAAAGAAGACCUACAGAAUUUGAUAAAAAGAUACUGUUAUGGACUGGGCGGUUUAAAAAGAAGGAGGAUAUUCCUCCACUUUUGUCAAUCGAAGUUCUCAAGGCUGCUCAGAAUCAGCUGCGGAUUCGAAUUUGCUACAUCAUGAUAGCACUGACCUUGCUGGGAUGUGUGGCCAUGGUCAUCUUUGGCAAACAGGCUGCUAAAAGAGGUGACACACUGCUAAAGAGAAACGCAGAGAAGAAGGCCAAAUGGAGGGACGAAGGACAACUGGAACAGGAACUAUCAGCUGGGAAAACUGAAUGACCGCAAAAGCAACAAGUCCCAUUCACAUCCAGAGUUGAUAAAGCUUUCACUCCUGUAACUUUGAGGGCUGUUGUUGACCUUAUAUCUCCAUACCAACCCCUUGCUUCUAGUUGUGAAUGUGGAAGCCUCAGCAUGCGAGCAAAAUGAUCAAGACCACUUCCAUGGCAACAAGUGGAGACCAGAUUUCAGUUCUGCUUGCUUUCAUCUGCACCUGAGUUGGCCAAAUAAGAACCUCCUGGAUGACCAAUUCUGAGUUUUGUGGACAAUUCACACUCUGGAAUAGUGCAAAACUCCCUGCCACUGUGCUGCUCAUCUAUCUGCCUUUGGACCUUCUGCCCGCUCUCCAAGAAAUCAGUGGUUUAAGGAAGAUCAGUUCUGUGUAUACAAUUAUGCAAGUCAGUAAAACCAA